CAUUUCGUUAUGCAGGUUACUCGGGAAAGGUGAAAAUUUUUUUACGAUUCACGACGCGAUAACGUUAUAAGCUUUAUAUGUAUGAUGUGAAUGUUUUAUCUAAUUAAAACCUUGUUUGAUGGGAGAACGACAAAGAUUAACGCGACCUGAAGACAUGGCGACUACCAGCACUGCCGUAGCGACCGUCCCCGCUCAACUGCAGGAGGAGCCCGUGGAGCGCGUGGCGGUGAUCACGCUGCGGCCGACGCGCACUCAGCAGCGCAAGAAGGUCGUCUGGACGGAGGACACCGUCGACAACGAGAACAUGAACAAGAAGAAAUCUAAAUGUUGCUGCAUAUACGAGAAGCCGCACCGGUUCGGCGAGUCGGACUCGGAGGAGAGCGACGACGAGUGCGAGCACUGCUUCGGGCACGUCGAGCGACGCCGCGGGAAACACAAACACGCAGAGGACGGCUCCGUCACUGUGCAGGAAGAGUCAGCGGAACCGACAGCGACCAUAACCCUCCAGCCGCCGGAGCCUGCGCCCGCGCCGCCCGACAAGCCUCCACAAGACGGCUAGCUACAUACACCCAGCGUCAUAGACCCCUGGACUCCUCAUCUAUAGUUAUUCAUACAGUGAUAUUGAAGGGUCAAGAUAGGGUGGUUGUCGACCGGUUACUAGGUCAAUUUGAGUGAAGUUAAAACUUUUAGGUAUUUAAGUACGGAGUUUAUUCUGUUGUUUCUGUCCUUUUCUGGGCAUGAAUUAAUUUAAUAGGUAUUAGAUAAGACUUAUCCCGCCUGGAGUGAAUUAUUGGAAGAGAGAAAAGAGAUGAGGAAAUCAUGUUUUUUGAGGUUGAAAAACUGUAUGAGUUAACCUGAAUGUUUAUUUAGUCUAAUAAAAAAUAGUUAUUGGGUUUAGUAUUUAUGCACAAAAAUCGAUUUUAAUCGAUAUAAAAUUUUUGUGGCUAACACUCGAUAUUCUUUAUUUGCAUUAUAAGGGACCGGUCGACGAUCACUAUCACAAGACAUAUUAUAUUUAAUGCAGGCAGCAACCUUCCGAAUAAUCGAUUGUAUUGUACAAGUACAGUUUGAAAACAUUCUACCGAUCGUCGACGGAACAAUUAAAACUCGUACAGAACUACAUAUUAUGAUACGUUACGAUUUGUCGGUACGAAUAAAAUCGUAUAACAAAAUCGAACCGAUUUUUCAGGAAAUGCAACGCCAGUUAUCCGAAACACCAACUUGCAUGAAAUUUUUAGAUAUUUCAUAAUCGUCAGCUUGUUAGUUGUAUUCUUUUGCAUAUUACUAAAUCUGUAAUUAUUUCUUAUUUUAGGUAAGAUAGAGAUAAAAUUAAAUAUUAUUUUUAUUUAAUUUUGUUUUCUUUUUUUGGUCAAUAAAAUUAAAAUAGUAGAAGCAGUGACAUACGAUCCAGUGUUGCCGAAAACAUUGCCGAACACAUUGCCGAAGGAUUUGGAAACUAUCUGGUGCUUAUAAAAAGUGUUGAUUAUCUAUACGCUUUAGAUUUAGAACAUUACUUUAGCCAGAAUUAAUUAUUACUGUUCGAGUAUUUAUUAUUUAAAUGUCCAUUGCUGGGUUAUCGACCAACUUCACUUGACGGGCGAGAACCAUUUUAGUUGAUGAAUUAGUGACCAUUGUUUUGGCUUGUUCAUUAAUUGACUUUUGUUAAUUACAGUAGAUCUGCCAAACUUCAAAUUAUAUGGUAUAUUCCAAUUAGAUAGUUUACAAUUUAAAUGUUAUUGUUAAAUGAUUAAAUAAAAAUAUUUAACAAUU